AUGCAAAAAGUUGCGCCAAUUCGUGCUGAGGAUUGUGACUUAGUCUGUCCCAUUACGUUACGAGUCUUUCAAGAUCCAGUGAUAGCUGCAGAUGGCCGUACGUAUGAACGUGAAGCAAUUAUACGAUGGAUCACAGAACAUGGUACAAGUCCAUUUACACGACAGCCACUGGAUAUCAAAGACUUACGGCCAAAUUAUCAUGCGAAAGGUAUGGCUGAUCGGCGACCAAGCUCGACGUUAUCUUACAGUAAAUUUGAUGAAUCAACCAUUUAUCGAAGUUCACGAGUGACGCCUGCCAACAACGAAGUGCCUACAAAUAAAACCGGAAAUGACCAUGGAUCGGAUGAAGGCUGGUGCUGCCGACGCCGACUCUUUAUUCUAAUCAUAGUUCCAGUGUUGGUUGCUUUGUUGAUAUGUGGCCUCAUUGUCGGUCUUCUUAUGCGUAAGUAUUCUAGUAUGUUCUCAAAGAGUACACCAUCUAUCUCUAUAUGUAUUCCAUGCACGUAG